AUGGUGUCAACUGGGGGUCAAAAUAAACAUUCUCUUCAUGACAUACUUAGAAAGCUGUGGACCAAGCUUGUCAAGCCAAUUCUCCAAAGACUUGCAUUCUCAGUUGCAGCUCAGGAUCAAUUGCCUCAUAUAUGGUGGUGUGUCACAGGCCCACUAAGUUUCCUGCCACUGCAUGCUGCAGGAGAUUACACUAUUGGUGAACCUGGUCAUAAGAUCUCUGACUAUGUGGUGUCUUCAUACACUCCUACUCUCACAGCAUUGAUCAAUGCCAGACAGAAGCCUCUCAAUGCUACUGUAGCACAUGUCUUGGAUAAGAUGCAGACUGCCAAUUGGGUUCACUUGGCAUGCCAUGGGGUACAAGACUCUGAGAAUCCCAUUGAGAGUGCCUUCAUCCUACAUGACGAUAUGCUCAAGCUCUCUAAGAUCAUCCAACAGGACCUAGACAAGGCAGACUUUGCAUUCCUGUCUGCCUGUCAAACUGCUACAGGAGAUCCUAAGCUGUCAGAGCAGGCAGUACACCUAGCUGCAGGCAUGCUAUUUGCUGGCUUCAGGAGUGUCAUAGCUACCAUGUGGUCUAUUAGGGAUGAAGAUGGACCUGAAGUUGCUAGAGAUCACUCAGCUGCAUAUGCACUGCACAGGGCUGUACAGAACCUCAGAAGAAACUUACUGGCCUGGGUCCCAUUCAUCCAUAUUGGCUGUUAA